AUGAGGAACCAACUGAAGAACUCAAGAACGGAAUGUAAAGAGCUCGAGUCUAAGAUUUCAAGUGUCAGGUUCGAGUUUGAUGAAGCUAAACUAAGACUGCUGGGUAGCCUUGAUGAGGCCAAACAAAGUGGCAAAGUUCUUGCCAGUGAGCUCUCAGCUUCAAAAGAGCUGCUGAAGAAAACUAGGGAGGAGCUGCAGACUUUUUCUCAUGAGCUGACAUCUAUGAUAGAAAACCGUGAUAGCCUUCAAAGGGAAUUGGUAGAUGUUUAUAAAAAAGCAGAAACCACGGCCAACGAUUUGAAAGAAGAGAAAGUUAUUGUUUCUUAUUUAAAGAAAGAACUGCAGGCUCUGGAGAAGCAUAUCUUGAAGGAUAAAGAAGCAAGAAAAUCACUUGAAACAGACCUGGAAGAGGCUAUCAAGUCACUUGAUGAGGUGAACCAAAAUAUAUUGAAACUUUCUAUGGAUCUCGAAAGUGCUAAUGCUAAAAUAUCUGGUCUCGAGGAUGAGAAAAUGGUUCUCUAUAGAACACUUACACAGCAGAAGCAUGCGUCCAAAGAAGCCCAAGAAAACAUGGAAGAUGCUCAUAAGCUUGUGAUGUCACUUGGCAAGGAAAGGGAUAGUUUGGAAAAGCAAGUGAAGAAACUCGAGGACGAACUGGCAUCCGCUAAGGGAGAAAUACUACGGUUGAGGAGUCAAAUAAGUUCAUCCGAAGUUCUAGUAAACGAUAAGCCUAGGCAGAGAGAUGAAAGUGAAGCUGAAGCAAUGGUGACGGCCAGUGCAAGGAAAACUACUACCAGGAGGAGAAAAAGUAGCUCAAAAUGAGGUAGACGAUUAACCAUCCUGAGCUAUAAUAUACUCUUAUCAUGGAUUUGAUUGUUGCGUAUUAAUUUUUCGCAAUAUCUUUGUAUUGUUGUGAUAUAAAUCUAAAGCUGACGG